CGCAAGUGUCCGCAGCUCGAGGCCUGCCAGUGGACGGAAGCUGACAGUGAGCGCAGAUCUUGUGUCUUUACGAGGAAAACAAGGCGAAUACAGCAUACUCCCGAGUUCAGUGUGAACAAGACACCGGUCCUCUUCUAAACCUGCUCUAGAGCUGACUGCGUCUCUGUUAAGAGGAUUUUUGAAGGGGAAGUUCUUCUUGAAUGCCCAAGACACAGUCAGUACGGUUUUCACCAUGAACAGGAAUAAGCGCGAGAAGGAAUAUUACAGCAUAGAUGUAGGAGAUUCAACGUUUACCGUGUUGAAGCGAUAUCAGAAUUUAAGACCAAUCGGAUCUGGGGCGCAAGGCAUCGUCUGCUCAGCGUAUGAUCAUGUCCUCGAACGAAAUGUUGCAAUUAAGAAACUUAGCCGACCCUUUCAGAACCAAACCCACGCCAAACGGGCCUACAGAGAACUGGUGCUGAUGAAAUGUGUCAACCACAAAAAUAUAAUUGGUUUACUACAUGUGUUCACGCCACAGAAGACACUUGAAGAAUUCCAGGAUGUGUAUCUGGUGAUGGAGCUGAUGGAUGCUAACCUGUGCCAGGUCAUUCAGAUGGAGCUGGACCACGAGAGACUCUCAUACCUGCUUUAUCAGAUGCUCUGCGGCAUUAAACACCUACACGCUGCUGGCAUCAUACACAGGGAUCUGAAGCCCAGUAACAUAGUAGUGAAAUCCGACUGUACGCUGAAGAUCCUGGACUUCGGUCUGGCCCGGACAGCCGCCACCGGCCUCCUCAUGACUCCUUACGUGGUGACGCGCUACUACCGGGCCCCUGAGGUCAUUCUGGGCAUGGGUUACCAAGCCAAUGUUGAUGUCUGGUCUGUUGGCUGCAUCAUGGCUGAAAUGGUCAGAGGUAGUGUGUUGUUUCCCGGCACAGACCACAUUGACCAGUGGAACAAGGUGAUCGAGCAGCUGGGCACACCGUCUCAGGAGUUCAUGCUGAAGCUCAACCAGUCUGUGAGGACUUACGUGGAGAACCGGCCCCGCUAUGCUGGAUACAGCUUUGAGAAGCUCUUCCCAGACGUGCUGUUCCCUGCAGACUCCGACCACAACAAACUGAAGGCGAGCCAGGCGCGAGACUUGUUAUCCAAAAUGCUGGUAAUAGAUGCGUCUAAACGGAUCUCGGUGGACGAGGCCCUCCAGCACCCCUACAUCAACGUGUGGUUCGACCCGUCAGAAGUGGAAGCGCCUCCGCCGGCGAUCACCGAUAAACAGCUGGAUGAGAGAGAACACACGGUGGAGGAGUGGAAAGAGCUGAUAUAUAAGGAAGUGCUGGAUUGGGAGGAACGAACGAAAAACGGGGUGAUCCGAGGACAGCCGGCCUCACUAGGUGCAGCAGUGAGCAAUGACUCCCACGAGCCCUCGACGUCCUCGUCCUCCACAAACGACGUCUCGUCCAUGUCCACCGACACAGACAGCAGUCAGGAGGCGAGCGCAGGACCGCUGGGCUGCUGCAGAUGACUAUCCUCCUCCUCCUCCUCCUCCAUCAUCAUCAUCAUCAUCAUCACCAUCCGCUCCCCGCUUCCAUGCAAGCGUCACGCCAGUCCGGAAACGCUCCUCCUUUCUGUCUCAAACUGACACGUUCUUUUGAAUUGACAAAGUGUAAGAACGGAGGUAAGAGUUUUGGAAAACCAGCAUUACUUUGAUCGCUUUCGUUUUUGCCGGCAGAUGGAAGCUACUGCUGCGCCAUCUUGCCAUUUGGAUGUGGAAUGAUUUGAGUUUAUUUAUAUUAUAAAGAUGAAUGGGGAAUAUAUUUUUAAGGUGUUUAAUUGUUUUGGGGUUUUUUUGAAAGAGAGAGUCAUUUAUUAAACGGCACAUCCAUUUUUCUGGAUAAACGAGUGUUUCCUCACUGUUACUACUGCUUUGGAGUCAGUGGCGCGUAAAAUCGCAGUUUGUUCGGCGGCAGAGGUGGUUUUAAUGUGACCUGAUUGAUUUUAGUUGGACGUUUUGGACGUUUGUCUUACAGAAACACAUUUUAAAGUGCUUUUAGGGUCUGUAAGCUAGUCUUUUCUCUUUCUAAUGUCAUUGCACACGAUUGACGUCACGUAGUAUUCUCUCACGUUUGGGUUUUCAAACGUCACUGUAUGUAAUCUAGUCUGUACAUAUUUCAACUUUAAACACAGAAAACAGUAACCCACAGCUUUCAUUACGCUUCAGCCUGAAGUAAAGGUCUUGUUUGAACACUUCUUUAUUGGGAAAUUGGGUGUUUGGCCCAUGCAUAUGAAACGCUUUUGAUUUAUAGUACUCAAACUGCGUCUACCAAUGCAAUCUUAUUCAUUACGCUUGGAGAAAAAGAUGUGCUCCCACGGGCGAUUUUUUUAAAAUAACGUUGUUUCAGAUGGAGCAAUCAUGCUAAAUGAAUGGAGACGUGUUAGAUUGGAGGUUCAGAAUGAUUCCCAAAGGAACGGCUGCAUUUUAUGGCUGUCUAAACGCUAAAAAAUAGCCCAUCUUCAGUAUCCGAUACUUUCCAUAUUAAUGCUUAGAAAAAUGUAAUUAUGUGUUUACAGUACUAGUGUAUGUAGUGUAAACUCUGCUCCUCCUAAAACACGAACAUUGCGAGCGAAAUCCAUCGCUAAAUUUGGAAAUUAAUACAUACGUUUUGGAGAAAGUGCCUGAGUCCAGCAUUCAUUCCUGAAUGAUUAGAAAGAUGAAGAAAUUUGGGUGAGGUUUUUCAAAAGUAAUACUGUCCAUAUGUUGGAGUGUCUAUUUUUCUAUCGUAUUGGAUAGAAAUUCUAUCGUAUGUCGAUUGAAAGGUCGGGGCAUGUUGAGAAGAUGAUCUGGAAACGGACGUUUCCUCAAGCAAGGUCUUUCAUCAAAGUAAUAGCAAAUUGGAAGCUUUUUGGUAUGUGUGUAUGGUUUGCAGCUUUAUUUUGUUUAUGAAAUAUGCAAGAUAUUGCAUCAAAUGCUGUAGGUGGGAACUCCAUUUCCCAUGAGGCAAUGCUAUGGAAUAUACAUGUGGGAUAGAUGGGAGUUGUAGGAACUAAAGGUUUGAGUUCGCAUAAUGAUCAGCAUAUGUAUUUUUUAUUAUUUUUUUUUUAGUUGCAUCCCAGACAUUUUAGUUUUUUCUAUUUUAAGUGCUCUUAAUUUUUCUUUGCUCUCUUUAGGGGAAGCUCACGAAUUUUAACUUUAGAAGAACUUUAACAUUGCAUUUGCUUUUAUUUCAUCACUCAAAAAUGUUAUAAUUCAGACUAAAGUAGGCUUUGAUGAACUACCUCACUCUAAAUUUCUACAGAAUUUUUAUUUUUUAUUUUUUUUGCGACGUAGCUGCCCGUAAGAUGGAUGUUAAUACAGAUUUCAUUAUUUAUUUAUUUCUAAAGUGAACUAUUGUCAAUAGUAGGCAACGUAUAGUUUUGUACAUUAUGUAUACUUCACCUAGAAGUAAAAGAACUGAAAUGUAAAUUUGAUCUUUUUGUUUCAUUUUACUUUGUACUCAUUU